AUGGCUGGUAACCCCGACACGCUCGAUAUUGAAACAAUGCCAUCGAAACAAGAUAAGUUGGACAGCGAGGGGUCGUCCUAUACACAAGAGCAGACUGCGUUGAUAGCUGCAAACAAGUUGAGGAAGAAGCGAGUCAAGGUCGUUGCUUCUGACGGCAGUAGCGGCAACAACAGCGGCAUGGAGGAUGCAUUGGGCUUAGGAGGAGGAGAGGGCGUGUCUGGUGGUAUGAUUGCCGGCGGUAAACCGGAUGACAUGGGCGGAGAUGGCGGAUUUCAGAAGUUUUUGAAGACUUUGGGCGUCUACGGAAGCUUUCACUCUUCGAGCGGCAGCGAGAUCGACGAUUUGUCAGCGCCAGGUUCAGGUGACUUGGCUGAUCAAGCAUCGAGCGAAAGUGGUGUCGGUGCUUUGGGCAAGUCGACGAAGAAGCGAUUCAAGGCCGUUGCUUCUGACGGCAGUGGCGGUGACAACAGCGGCAUAGAUGAUGCGUCGGACUCAGUUGAGCAAGAGAAUAAGUCUGGUGAUCCGUCGGGCCCAGGUGAGGAAGCGAGUAAGUCUGAUGAUCCGUCGGGCUCUGGUAAGGAAGGCAGUGGGUCGGGCAACGAUACGAGCGGCAGCAGUGAAGCGGAUGCCACGAGUGGAAACGGUAAAUUUGAUGACAUUUUUGCGUCCGUGGUUGGCGAAGAGUCGGCUGAGUCUUCGAGCAGCAGCAAGAUCGACGAUUUGUCAGCGCCAGGUUCAGGUGACUUGGCUGAUCAAGCAUCGAGCGAAAGUGGUGUCGGUGCUUUGGGCAAGUCGACGAAGAAGCGAUCCAAGGCCGUUGCUUCUGACGGCAGUGGCGGUGACAACAGCGGCAUAGAUGAUGCGUCGGUCUCGGGAGAGCAAGAGAAUAAGUCUGAUGAUCCGUCGGGUCCAGGUGAGGAAGCGAGUAAGUCUGAUGAUCCGUCGGGCUCUGGUAAGGAAGGCAGUGGGUCUGAUGAUCCGUCGGGCUCUGGUAAGGAAGGCAGUGGGUCGGGCAACGAUACGAGCGGCAGCAGUGAAGCGGAUGCCACGAGUGGAAACGGUAAAUUUGAUGACAUUUUUGCGUCCGUGGUUGGCGAAGAGUCGGCUGAGUCUUCGAGCAGCAGCAAGAUCGACGAUUUGUCAGCGCCAGGUUCAGGUGACUUGGCUGAUCAAGCAUCGAGCGAAAGUGGUGUCGGUGCUUUGGGCAAGUCGACGAAGAAGCGAUCCAAGGCCGUUGCUUCUGACGGCAGUGGCGGUGACAACAGCGGCACAGAUGAUGCGUCGGUCUCGGGAGAGCAAGAGAAUAAGUCUGGUGAUCCGUCGGGCCCAGGUGAGGAAGCGAGUAAGUCUGAUGAUCCGUCGGGCUCUGGUAAGGAAGGCAGUGGGUCGGGCAACGAUACGAGCGGCAGCAGUGAAGCGGAUGUCACGAGUGGAAACGGUAAAUUUGAUGACAUUUUUGCGUCCGUGGUUGGCGAAGAGUCGGCUGAGUCUUCGAGUGGUAGUAAUACAGACGACGCGUCAAAGUCUGUGGAAACGACGAAAGAGCCUGGCUCGUCAUCGCCGCCGCCUGUUGAAAAAGAGAAGGACAUCAAGGAUUUAUUGUUGGAAGCUGAAGGCUCAGGAGAUGUCCCGUUCGUUGCCCAAACGAAGGUGACUGAUCCAGGUAAAGUCGUGGAAAGCGAAGGUACAAUUGCACCAAAUCCGGGGGCUAAUGGCACCGGCAAACCUGCGUGUGGCGGCUGGUUUAGCGGGAUCAGGUCGUGGUUUGGCAAUAUCAUUCAUAAGUCUUCGAUGAACGAUUGUUAG